AUGCUUGGCGACUCUGAAGCCACAGCUGCUGUCGCGGCCGGUCGGGUACCACCGGAUAUCAGCCUUGCAUACUUGGAGGAGGACAGGGACACGCCGUCGAUGCAUGCGGUCAUCAUCAUGUUCGCACUCACACUGGUGAUCGUGAACGGCCGAGCAUUCUCGCGGUUAUACCUUCGCAAAGUCUUUGGGAUUGACGACAUCCUCGCUAUGAUAUCGAUGGCAAUGCUCAUAGCCUUCGUUCCCCUGUGCAUUAUACUGAUAAACAUCGGUUCAGGCCGGCAUUUUGAAUUCAUUCAAUUUGUCAUGACGCAAAGUAUCUUGGACGAGACCGAGAUUCUCGAUUUUACUGCCCACCUUAUCUACACGAGUGCGCUCUUGUUUUGCCGGUUUUCUGGGUUGGCUUUCUACCACCGCGUGUGUGCUGUUCACAGUCGAUUUUUACUGGCGAUCAAGGGAGCUGCUCUCUUUCUGCUCGCGUCAUAUAUGACGCAAAUGCUCCUGAUUGUUUUCCACUGCCUUCCGGUAACAGCGCUCUGGCCAUACGCGUGGCAGACCCAGUUCACCAACUACAAGUGCCUACCAUGGGGUUUCGUUUACGGAAUCAACUCCGCCGUUUCACUUCUUUCCGACUUUGUGCUGUUUGGGAUACCAAUCGCAAUGUUACGAAUGUUGGAUAUGACUCGAAAACGAAAGAUUCAGAUGGCUUGCAUUUUGUUGCCUGGUAUAUUGGUUGUCGCCAUUUCGGUUGCUCGUCUCAUCCUCGUCAUCAACGGACAGUGGCAACCGGACCAGUCAUGGAUUUACAGCCCUCUACUUGCAAUUGAGGUCUCAGAAAUUGGCGCGACUCUCAUUGCCCUCUCUAUCCCAGGAAUUCGGCCCUUGGCGACAGAGAUAUACAGAAAGGUGCUCUCGGUGCUCUACAGAUGGUUCCCCGGACUUUACAAGCGACGACGGCAGACGCAGACCGGUGUUGACCCGGAUUUGUGGUGCAAGACACCGCCAUGGCAGUCGCUCUCGACGCAAAAGAGGUCAAGAUUCAUGACAAGUGACAUCAAAAGGGGGGAUAGUCAGGAGUUGAAGGACCUCCGCAGCCCUGAAAAAGCACUCGCAAGCCCCUUGGACCAAAGUAGGGGAAAAGUACGACCGCACAGUACAAAUCUCUGGAUGUUUGAAAGCCCGCCCUCGAGUCCCGCGUGGAAGAGGCCGAGGCCAGAAAGUACAAAUCUCUGGAUGUUCGAGAAAUAA